UGAGAGCCUGCAGACCAGUCGAGCGCAGCAUUUCAAUGAAGCUCCUGGUGCUCGUGCUGGACAUAAACACAGAUGAACACUGAAACAGAAGAUGAUUUUUAUCAGUCAGACGACAACUUUGAUGAUGAUGAAGAUGAGGCAACCCAAUACAUAAUAGAACAAAGUCUUAUCCAAUACAGAAAACUUAAAGGGCUCAAUCCAAGUGAUCUGAAAUCAAGUGAAGAUCCACAUGAGAUUUAUAAAGCAAUCAAGGAGGGUGAUGAAGAUGCUCUGAUAAGACUGACUAUCCAACCUGAGAUGCUGUGUAAAGUGGAUGAGCGUGGGUGGAUUCCACUGCAUGAAGCAGCAAUUCAGGACAACAAACAAAUCCUUGAGAUCAUCUUUUCAGCAUCGCCCCCUGGUGCGGCACAGUGUCGAACCCUGAAGGGUGAGACAGCACUGUUUUUGGCAAUUGUCCAUGGACUCAGGGAGAACGCCACAUUCCUCCUACAGAACGGCAGUAGCCCAGACACCCAGAACGAUGAGCAGGACUCUCCUUUAGUCGCUGCUAUUUUGAAUGAUCAGUAUGACUUAGCCACUCUACUGCUACGUUAUAAUGCCAACGUGGAUCAGACUGGGCCACUGAACCGGACAGCCCUUCAUGAGUCUGCGUUUCUAGGCCUGGACAAUUUUGUCUAUCUGCUCCUAGAGUCUGGGGCCAAUCCAAACGCAUGUGACAUCAAACAGAAAAUUCCCCUUGCCCUGGCUGCUCAAAAUGGGCAUUUUAACGUGGUAGAAGUUCUACUACAGAAAGGUAUGAAAAAGUUUCUCAGAAUAAAAACACGCUUUUUACCUGAGCAAAUGUAA